AUGGACGAUGCGAAGUCGCGGCAUGGGAGUGUCGACUCCUUGCCGAAGCAGUUGCUCUUGAAAGGCUUGUUGGCAUACAGUGCUUUCGGUGCAGUCCAAGUCUUUAUCCGCCUUAUCCGCGGCUGGAGGGAGUCCUUGAGGAUGCGAGACAUGCUGGCUGACAUUCCGUCGACCAAGGGCAACGAGGCGCCGAUGUCUUGGCUCAAGGGGAUGAGAGAAAACUGGCAGCGCGUCAACGACUGGCGCUACGAAAUCUGCGAGGGAAUGCAAAUCUGCAAGAACUUGGGCUUCAGGUGGAGCAGUGGGGGGCACUCUGUAAUCUGCGGGGACCCUGCAAUGGUUCGCCACUUCUUGAAGGACUCCUUUGACGUGUACACCAAAGGAGACCCAUCAGAAAACCCCGUCUUCUUUUAUUUGCAGGAAUUUUUGGGCGACGGGAUCUUCACUGUGAGGCAUGGUACAGGCUCCGAAGACGAUGGGAAAGCUUGGGCGCAGAUGCGGAAGAUUUCAUCUCAAAUCUUUAGCCGGAAGAAUUUCAAUUCCCUGAUGCAAGAUGUGUUCGUGGAGAAAGCCGAAGCACUGCGCGGUUUUCUCUCACGUCCGCAGACGCAGCAGGAGCCAGUGGACCUCCAGAUGGGUUUUUUCACCUUCACGAUGGACAGCAUCAUGAAGGUCUUCUUUGGAGAAGACUCCGACACCGUCAUGGGCAAAGAGAACAAGUACGGCGAAGCUUUUGACAAGGCUCAGUCUGCAAUGCGCCGGCACAUGAUCAAGUCUCUCUCCUUCCACCUGGUUUCUCGAACGUUUCUGCCUUGGCCCUUCGGGGGCAGUACAGGAAUCGCACGCAUCCUCUGGGACACCUUGUCUCCAACACAUCGGGAGUUCAUGUCGGAGCGCCGGAUCAUCAAUGCCGAAGCAGACAGACUGGUGCAAGAUUGCUUGGCCGAUCCUCAGUUCGAGAACCGUCGGGAUCUACUUGCUUUGUUUCUUCAGGCGCAGAAGGAACAGAAGUUCACGACAAAGUUUGUGAAGGACAUGGUCCUGAAUUUGAUCAUUGCCGGCAGAGAUACGACGGCCUGUCUGCUGUCUUGGAUGUUCUACGAGAUUGCACGGAAUCCUGAUGUACAGAAGCGUCUGCAGGAGGAGAUUGACAAGAAGUCUCCAGCAGGUACGCCGAUGGACCUGAAGAGCUUGUCGCAUAACGAACUGCCCUACUUGCACGCGGUGGUCUACGAAUCGUUGCGCUUGUGGCCCCCAGUUCCAGUGGACUCGAAGAUCGCCCAGGUAGAUGAUGUUCUUCCGGGUGGUUGGAGGGUGCCGAAGGGAGCAACGCUCGUAUUCUGCCCGUACAACAUGGGUCGCGAUCCAGAUCGCUACCCGGAGCCGCUUGUUUUUAGGCCAGAGCGUUGGAUUCCCUUCUCCGCGCCGCCGCACCACGAGUUUCCCGUGUUUCAGGCGGGACCACGCAUCUGCCUCGGCAUGGACAUGGCCAUCUUCGAGGCGAAGAUUGCAGCCGUUGAGCUGUUGCGUCACCUGAGCUUUGAGCUGAAGACUGGCCAGCAGAUUACCUACAGCGAUCGGCCAGCUGGUCGUCCAGUCCUUGGACCCAGCCCCGAAGAAGGCUGCGGCAUCCAAGACUGCCUCGGCCAGCCUCCGGAGUCGAACACGGUCUUCGCUGACCUAGCCAGAGCAACAGAGGUUCCACAAGCUGCGAGCAGAUAUUUCACAGCUCGGAACAAGUUCUUGCAGCUCGCCAGUGGGAGCUUCAUCUUAUUGACAGCCGCGGAUGACGAGGUUGUCCUCCAGGCGCCGUGGUAUUUCGACUGCUCCAACCAUCCAGAAUGGAGCAGAUUCCGGGAGCGCUUUGCCGCAUUCCGAAAGCUGUUCGCAUCAGCGAAGGACAAUCAGCAGGAAAUAAUCCUGCACAUGCAGGAGAUUCUCGCGGAAGCCAACGAUCUGGGGCGGCGCUACGAGCCCACCUUUGUGAAGUACGCCAGCGACUGGUCUGUGUUCCACCUUUGCAGUCCAGAACGCCUCGGAGAAGUCCCCGAGGACCUGCAGCAGAACUUCUGCUUCUACGGUUUCGCCACAGUGCAGUGGCUGGGGGUGUUUGGCAACCAACACUUCGCCAACGUGCCGGGCAUGGCAGAAUGGGCGAACAACGCCUGGGGCUUUUUGAAUGAUGCAUCAAAGUUCAACGCCAUGCACUUCCUUGAAAGCUCUGGGUGGCACGUGAAAAUGGUGGAAAUGGCCAAAGCCCUCAGCACGAAAUUUGUCGGGAGCAGUGGGUACAGGGUUUCCCGCGAUGCAGCGCUGCCUUCAGCGCUGCGGAUACCCCAGUUGGUGGUUCGCAGGAGUCCGGCUCACACCAGGUUCCCAGAUAUUCGUCGACUGAAGACAGUGGCCAUCUCGUACCACACUGCGCUGCUGCGGGAGCCGCUCUCUUUCUGGCAGCACAUGUUGAGUCACCUCUUCGAAGUGGAGGCUAUCUUGCACAUUUUGGAUGCAACCGCGAAAACUCCGGAGGAUGUGGCUCGCUUGCACAACCAUUGUCGCUUCAUCGGCGGAGGGUGGUGCGGCUCGGAUGAGCGCCUCCUCCAGCUAAAUGAACUCUUUGAGGAGGUUGUUUUGGACUGCCACACGGGCGACCACAAGGCACGACAUCAUUUCCUCAGAUCCGCGCGAGAGUAUCAUGACCGGUUCGUGCGGCUUAUGGGCAACGAUCCCGAGCUGCGGUCUGCUGAUUUCUUCAUGUGUGGGGAGCCUGUCCUUUUCUGUCGGCUGUUGGCGCACUUCGGCCGGCCUGUGAUUGGUUACAUUUCCACUCCCAUCUCUGUGUACGUUCGGGCCGAAGACCGGUCUGAGUGGUACCAACAGUUUUAUGAGAUGGCUCUAGAUGAACGGCACAUCUUUGCUGCCACCACGCCACUUUUUGCAGAAUGGGUCGCGUAUGGCACCGGCAUAUCAUUGCCGGUCAUCCGACCUAUGUGUACAUACACAGAGGCAACUUAUUGGCCAAAGCGGGCGCAGGAGGUGCUGCUUCUGCGAACCGUUAGCUUGUUUUGGGACACGGAGUGUGUCCUCAACUACUUUGCGCAAGUCUAUGCAGACUCUUCGGCAACUGCUGCGCUGAGAUUUCGAGAGUCUGCCAGUCUCUCUGAGAAAGAGCGGAUGGGUUAUUCUACUUUCUCGGAGUUCUUGGCUGCCGUGAUCUAUCCGUACAGUCCAAGUCAGUUCUGGUUCUACGAGCUCUAUGCCAUGGGUGUGCCGAUCUACAUGCCCUCGCGAGACUCGCUGCCCUUGUAUGUGAGUCAGGACUACUCCGUCUGUCCAGACUUCGAGGGUAGCCGGCCUGGACAUGCGCCACAUCGCGUGCAUCCCCAUUCGCCCUUCGACACCGACGACUGGGCCGCCAUGACGUACUGGGCAGCUUUCACCGACUACCUAACCUUGCCGCAUAUCUCCCACUUUGACUCAGUGCCAAGCUUGCUUAAGCAGCUGGCUGCCUCGGAUCACCAGAAGAUCAGCCACUCUAUGCAGAGGGCGCAUAUGGAGCACCUGGGGGUGGCAAUGAGUUUCUGGAGUCAGGCCUUGGAACUCAUCGCCUCCCUGCGAGGGGUGCCGCGCACUGUGAGCGGCACUGAACAGAUGGCUGGAGACCUUGAUGCCUCGGACGAGCACCGUGAUCUCUCCACACGCCAGCCCAGCGGGGGCUCCCCUGCUCGUGCAGACGGUGCUCACCGGUUGGCCAAUGACGGGGAGACGCGACAGGAUCAUCCUCACGAGUAUCACUUCGACUUGGAUGGUGCGAACAAGGCGUCUUAUCAGGGCAAAUACGUCGGCGGUUCUCACUGGUGGGUGAAGUUGCGGCGGACGGCUUCCGAUCCAGAGGUCAAGGUUUGGUCCAGAGACUGCUGCACGGAGACAUACGGCCAUGUGCUUUUUUUCCUGCUGGGCAACAGCACCGAGAUAGACAGAGCUGCUGAAUGUGCCUCCCUGAAGGUGCCAAGCAACGUGCAGGUUUCAACAAUCUGCCCGGGCAGAGGAGACUACCUUUUCGUUGAGGCGCGUCCCUAUGUGGGCUUCGACUACACUGACAGCUCUGUCGCCGUGUUGAUGUUGCCUGAGGUGCGCGUGCUGAGCCGCGACUGA